UGUUCAUCUGCGUGUGAUCCUGGCCGCCCCGGCGCGUCCACAUCCCUCCUUCUCUGGAACACAGCGUAGCAGCAGCGGCGGCGGCGGCAGCAGCACUAGCAGCAGGAGUUUGAAAUAUCUCUGCUCCUUCCUCCUGGAAAACCUGUCCACCCGGCGCGCCCUUGCCUCCCACAGGAUUAUAGCUUUCUAAAGUCAGCUUCCCAGUCUUUGGCCGGGAGGCAGAAGACAAGACUGGGGCGUCUUUUUCGUGGAUGUUACUGCUCGGGAAAGGCAGCAAGUUGCAUGUGCGUCCGGGACCGGGAAGGAAAGGAGCCAGCCGCCUUGCGAACCAUGGACUAUUCUCCUUACUACAGAAGAAAAGAAGUUGAUGGCCAGUAAAAUUUAAGAUUGCCUCAAUCAGAUUUUCCAAAGCUAAAGGAUUAAGGCUUCCUGUGAGUCUUCCUUUGACAUAUCAAUACUCUUUAUUCUCAGGAACAACUUAGUUCUGGUCCUUUGUGGGUCGUCAUUGAAGCAUCUAGUGUUUUUGGAUGAAAUCAUGGCAUCUAGCUUAACCUGCACAGGUGUGAUAUGGGCGCUGCUCUCCUUUCUCUGUGCUGCAGCCUCCUGUGUAGGAUUCUUCAUGCCUUACUGGCUUUUGGGAUCCCAAAUGGGAAAACCAGUGUCCUUUGGCACUUUUCGGAGGUGCUCAUAUCCAGUGCAUGAUGAGAAUCGCCAGGUGACGGUGAUGGUGGAGGAAUGUGGGCGCUAUGCCUCCUUUCAAGGUAUCCCCAGUGCAGAAUGGAGGAUCUGUACUGUAGUGACGGGGCUGGGUUGUGGCCUUCUUCUCCUGGUGGCACUGACUGCCCUCAUGGGUUGCUGUGUGUCUGAGCUCAUCUCAAGAACAGUCGGCAGGGUGGCAGGAGGAAUUCAGUUCCUAGGGGGCUUGUUGAUUGGGUCUGGCUGUGCUCUUUAUCCUCUGGGCUGGGACAGUGAAGAAGUCCGGCAGACCUGUGGUUACAUUUCUGACCAGUUUGACCUAGGUAAGUGUGAAAUUGGCUGGGCUUACUACUGCACUGGUGGGGGAGCAGCCACAGCCAUGCUGCUCUGUACUUGGCUCGCCUGCUUUUCUGGAAAGAAACAAAAACAGUACCCAUACUGAUGGUUCCAAGGAUGGUGCAAGGAAAUCCAGGUGGAAAGGAAUGAGCUCCGAGAGACUGAAGAAUUAAGCACCAAGCAAGCUUGGAAAGAGGGAUCUGUACUCUUAUCUAACACAAUGCUUAUAACUUGAGAUUGAAUGUUCUCGAGGCCAUAAUCUAAUACAGGGUGGGAUGGGAGAUAGGAGGGAGGAGGGGGAUUUUAAAAAAGCAAUGGGUAUAUAAAGAAGGGGAACACAAAUGGACCAAAGUCUAAAGACAUUGUAGAAAAUAAGAUGCUUCCCCCACCCCUAAGUAUUACUGGUCUGUUCUAUAAGAAUUCAGGAGGUUGUCUUUAGUUGUAAUGUUUAAAACUAAGCAAGACUGUAUAGUAAAUGACCAGGGGAAACAGUAUUGUGUUGGAAGACAGGGUAAUCUCCCAAAAUUCCCUUUAGGCUUGGUACUCCUGAAAGCACACAUACACACAUUCACUCUCACAUACAUGCACACAGAGAUAAACAUAUAUACAUAUACACACACACAUGCACACACGGAAAACAUGGCACAGAUUAAAAUAGAAAUUUAGACAAUACAUUACUUUUUGUCUUUCUUUUUUAGUUCGGAGUUAUCCCAUUAUAAAUCAUACAUUAAUCCUAAUAAAUGGACCAAUAAGCCACUUUAUCAGUAUUUUGUAUAUCCUGCAUAAACUCCCUCAACAUAUAAUCACUGUUUAUUCAGACUUUUAAAAUUAAGCUUCUGUAAUUUCAGCAUUCUACUAAGAAUGCCUUAUUUUACACUAUAUAUGCAGCUCCUGCUGUUGAAGCUAUUGACUUAAAGGGACAGCUUUCUGUCCAGGGGAAGGAUGAAUUCACUUUGUGAUAGAUGAUAAGUAUAAGGAGAAAACAUUUGCUUUUGUUUCAUGAUUGUCAUACUGUGUUGUAUCCUCAUUUGUUUCAAUAUUCAUUUUUGUAAAAAAAAAAAAGUGCUAUUUUAUGUUUGUAUUUUAAAAGCUCUGUGAAUAAAUUUCUCUUUGAUCAAUA